CUGUCCGCGGUGCUGAAGCCUCGGCUGCCGCCUGCUCACACAGCCAGGAAUCCGCGUACUGAGCGUCCAAAUUAAAACGAGACCUCCGCAUUUCACUUGAUUAUUCUCGACUAGCGUCCCUCCGCCAAUACACAUAGGAAGCGCAACAGAAAGGCGCACGGCUGGGUUUCGCUUUUUUUUUCUUCUUCUUCUCUUCCCUCCACCCUCCACAGACGUUAAAAUUCUCGCUUUGCUUGCUGUUGUUUUCUUUUAGCCUUGGAAGUAAUUCUUUUUCAACACAAGGACGUGUUCUGUAGCUACGCGAAGAGCGAGCUCGACUUUAGUAGACAUGUGCGUGAGACAAGACUGUCAGUUUAUGAACCUCUUCGCGAUUCUGGUUCUGGCUGCUGCCGUGGGCCAAAUACACGGACAAGGUCCAAAGGAAAACAUUGACAUUAGUAAGAGGACACUGGAGCCAGACAGGGUUUCAUCAACAUUGGACAGAGAGAGUGAAAUCCAUGCUGUCACCACGGUCUCACCGGUGAACAUCCCCAAUCACCAGCCUGUCUUCAGGGGCCUGCUGCUUCAUGAGCACCUACUUACAAGGGACUUCCAGGGAGACCAGCACUUUUUUAAAAGGGAUGGCUCCUUGGCUGCAUAUUCAACCAUGCCAGGCUCUGUGUCUGCUUCAGAUGCAGAAGACCCUGUCACUCAGCUGGUGCCCCAUGAGGAUGCCCCAGCCUUCUCAGACAUUGCCACUACAGCCACUGCAGCUGCCACCUCCCCACUGACCACAUUUUCUCCCACAACACCUAGGCCACCCAUAUCCCUCCCUCAUAUGAAAUCAUCAAAGGAUAAGACCAGAGGGGAAGGCAAGGUAGAGCCAACCUCAGGCUCCCUGACCACUCAAGUGACACCAAACAAUAAAGGUUCAGCCAGUGCAAAUAACCCAGUGGCUCCCUUAUCCAUACAGAGGAGUCAACCUCAAAGUUGGGACGUUUUUCGUGUGGAGGCCACCCUUGCACCCUCUUCAGUGAGGAUGGAUAAAGGCGAAGCCAGAGAAACAGCAGUGAAGAACAAAACCAGCCAAGAUCAUUCAUUCCCCAACCCAACUUCAGCAUCCCGAGAAGAAGGUACGACCGCAAGAUCAACAACCAUAACCACAACUACCACCAUCACCACCGUGCAAACCGCAGAGUCGUGCAAUCUGAAUUUCACUGACCCUGAGGGAAACAUCGAAAUCCUGCAGCAACCUGUCUCUGGAGUGGAGUGUAACUACUUGGUUACUGUCUACCUAGGUUAUGGCAUUGAGGUUCAGGUGCUGAAUGUGAGUGUGUUGAAAGGAGAGCGGGUGACAGUGGAGGAUACCGGUGGCCGAGAACCCUUCAUCCUUGCCAAUGAGUCAGUCUUGAUGAGGGGGCUCGUACUACGCAGCUGGAGCAACCAGAUCGCCAUCCGAUUUCGUAGUGACCACCAACACAACUCUGGAUUCGUCCAGCUGCAUUACCAAGCAUUUGUGUUGAGCUGUUCAUUCCCCAAAGAGCCUGCCGGUGGAGAAGUUUCUGUGACGCACCUCCACCCUGGCGGAGAAGCCUACUUUCGCUGUUUUACCGGCUACAAGUUGCAAGGCCCCAAAAUGCUCACUUGUCGCAAUGCAACCACACCUUACUGGAGUGGAAAAGAGCCCCAGUGUGUGGCAUCCUGUGGAGGAAUGAUAAAAAAUGCCACCUAUGGUCGUAUCGUCUCUCCCGGAUUCCCUGGCAACUACAGCAACAAUCUGACGUGCCACUGGGUCCUGGAGGCCCCUGAAGGCCACCAACUCCACAUUCACUUUGAGAAGGUGGCUCUGGCAGAGGACGAUGACAGGCUGCUGAUUAAGAAUGGCAACAACAUAGAUUCUCCCCCUGUGUAUGAUUCCUAUGAGGUAGAGUAUUUGCCCAAUGAAGGUGUGCUCAGUACAGGACGUUACUUGUUUAUAGAGUUCACCACAGACGGGACAAUGACCUCCACUGGUGCAGCCGUCAGAUAUGAAGCUUUUGCGAAAGGUAUGUGUUAUGAGCCCUUUGUGAAGUACGGCAACUUCAGCAGCAGUGACUCCACCUAUAGUGUGGGAGCAGUAGUUGAAUUCUCAUGUGACCCUGGCUACACGAUGGAGCAAGGCUCCGUAGUGAUUGAGUGUGUGGAUGCACAAAACCCACAGUGGAAUGAGACUGAGCCAGCUUGUAGGGCUGUGUGCAGCGGGGAGAUCACAGACUCCGCCGGUGUGGUGUUGUCUCCUAAUUGGCCUGAGGCCUAUGACAAGGGGCAGGACUGCAUCUGGGGUAUCCAUGUGGAAGAGGACAAGAGGAUCAUGCUUGACAUCCAAGUGCUCCAUAUUGGCAAGAAUGACCUGCUGACCUUCUAUGACGGUGAUGACCUGACAGCGAACACUCUGGGCCAAUACAGUGGUACACGGUCACACUUCAAGCUCUAUACCUCCAUGGGUGAUGUGACAGUUCAGUUUCAGUCUGAUCCUGCCACCAACAUCUACGGCUACAACAAUGGCUUUGUGGUCCACUUCUUUGAGGUGCCGAGGAACGACACCUGCUCCGAGCUGCCCGAGAUCGCCAACGGCUGGAAGAGCACUUCCCACCCUGACCUCAUCCACGGCACUGUCGUCACCUACCAGUGCUACCCUGGAUUUGAGUUGGUAGGUUCUGAGAUCCUCAUGUGCCAGUGGGAUCUCACUUGGAGCGGUGAUGUGCCGAGAUGUGAGGAAGUUAUGACAUGUCAGGAUCCUGGAAAUGUGGAGCACAGUCGUAAGGUGCUCACAGGCAGCCGCUUUACCGUUGGAUCGACAGUACAGUUUAUCUGUAAUAAAGGCUACAUCCUGUCUGGCAACAGCCUCCUCACCUGCUACAACCGAGACUCAGGCAAACCCAAGUGGAGCGAGAGGCUGCCCAAAUGUGUCCCUGAAAAGUACGAGCCGUGUAGGAACCCUGGCGCUGCCUCCACCAGUGUGCAGAGCUCUGAAAAGGCCUUUUACCAAGCAGGAGAGACACUGACCUUCUCCUGCCGCUCGGGCUACGAACUGCAGGGUGAGGCCACCAUCUAUUGCAUCCCCGGACACCCUUCACAGUGGAACAGCACACCACCUGCCUGCAAAGCAUCCUCAACCAAUUAUGUGAAUGAACGCAGACUAGAUGUUGUUAAUAUAGAUUAUAGCAUGGAGGGAACCAACAUUGCCCUUGCUGUUUUUAUUCCAACUGCUAUCAUCUUGGUGGUUGUCCUUGGGAUUUAUGUCUACUUUGCAAAACUCCAAGGGAAGUCUAUCAGAAUGCCGACAUCCUCACCACCGUAUGACAACAUGACAGAAGAGUCAGCUUUCGACAACCCUGUUUAUGAGAGUGGACACUGGCAGUCUCAUUCUAGAUACUAAACCCUGUCAGUCUGUCCAGCUUCGCUGUACUGCUGAAGAACUUUGAGGACAAAUGAAAAAGAUUAAGAGGUGCCCAUUUAGAGACCUUAAAGCAAGAAUUGCUCAAGCUUUGCCUUUUGGGACCUUCUCUGCACUGCUCAUCUUUUCCUCCAGCCUUUUUGUUCCUGAAUAAUCCCUUUCCAUUUUCCCUUUGUGUGGAUUACUGUAAAUACGUCUUUCUUCCCAUGGUCAAAUCUGUGAAUCUGUGGAUCACCAUGGUGAUAUUUUUAUAAAGUAAAUUGCCGGCGACUGUUGGGGAUUGUAUGUUUUUGAGUGUUUUUUGAUGCCUCAAGCCAGUAGCAAUUAGAGAUUUGAGGGAAAUGGUUCUUUGAUUGUUGAGAUCUAUUGAACACAAAUUCCCCAUCAUCCAACACUCUUUGUAAAUUCGUCAUUAUUACUUUCUUUUCUUUGUGUCUGGGUCUGCUAUUUGUAAAUAAACUGCCUGUCCAGUAUGAGUGCCUCACGACUCACUAUAACCUGAGAAAUCAUGUGAAAAUGUCUGAAAAGCUGAACCCUCCCGUUGAACUAUAAUUUUGUAUUUGCGGGCCUGACAUUCUACUCCAUCAUACAGUUUCUCUUCAAGACACAAAAACAAAUGAUGCCAGAUAUUUUCCUACUAGCUGAUGUGUGGUUCCAACUGCAUAUAGCCUCAGACGAUUUCUCAGAUACCUGAUUUCAUGUGGGACCCCUCAGCUAUGCAUAACUCUUAUACUGUCAAGGCUGCCUCAAAGGUUAAGUAGCAUUUUAUUAAUUUGCAUAUGUUCCAAAAUGUGGCUGCACCUCAGCAUUAGCACACCUUCAGAUAAAACCAAGUGAGACUCACUGAUAACAUAGUGUAACACCAUGAUUUAGUUUACCGGUACUUACUGAUGCAUUCAGUAUCAGAUCAUAUUGAUUCCAGUGUUGCAAACCAAAAACUGAAAGUGUUACAGUCUGCAAACGAGAUCUUUAUGUAACAGACUGGUUUUUACUGUGGGUCACAUUACUGUGGUGCAUCUGCUUGUGUUAAAUUUGUAGAUAGACUUCGUAUCAUUUGUGCAUAUUUAUUCUCUAACAAAUCUUUCUUUCAGCAUCACAGCUGGUGAAACCACACACAGGAAGCCAA